GAAUAUAAAAUGGGCCUGAUCGGCCGCUAAACCCGGCGGAAUAGGAAUAAGGCUCUGAUUGGCCGCUGGACCCGGCGGAAUAUAAAUAUGGGCCAAAUCGGCUGCUGGACCCGGUAGAAUAUAAAUAGGGGUCUGAUCGGUCGCUGGACCCGGCGAAAUAGAAAAAUGGGCCCGAUCGGCCGCUUGACCCGACGGAAUAUAAAUUGAUGUCAACUCUUACCGUCAGAGGUUAAUAGGCGACCCCCGCUUAUGAGAUAUGAGUAUUAGGAAUUGAGGAUGAUAUGAGUAAUGAUAUGCGGGGUCACGGUAAUGUCACAACUCUGUUGCAAGGAAAUGCAACCUAUGGCUAUAUUGUUUGACUAGUGUUGUGCAUUGUCUGUUCAGAUUGAUUAGAUGGGUGUGAUGAUUGUUGAGUUUGUCGAAUUAUGUUCUUAUACCUGAAUGCGGUUGGGAUGCUAGAGUUGAUCUGUCAAGUGAUUGUGUAGUAAUUUGCUAUGGAAUGCUAAAUGAUGAAUAUUUGACGUCUAUGUGAUAUUGGAUAUUAGAGAAAUGGUUGGAAGAGUUAUGUGUAUUCGUUAGUAGGACUUAAUUUAGUUACUAUAUUGGAUAGAAUUAUUAAUAUAGUUUAUAUAUAUAUAUAUAUAUAUCAUAUGUGUGCGGUGAGUUGAUAGUUGCAUUGAAUGUGAUUUUAUUAUUUAUUUGAAUAUUUGGUUGUUUGCAAUUAAAUAUUUAAUUAAUAAUAAUUCAUUUUAUUUUGGAAUUGAGUACUCACUGAGAUGCAGCUCAUACUCUGCAUAUAUUUUUCAGAUGAGUUAGGAGCUAGACUAGCAGCAUAGGAGAACUUUUUUAGACAUUGAGGAUUAGCUCAGAGAACUAGGUAGGAAUCUUAGUUAUUGGAUAAAUAUUAUUUUUGUAUAGAAUGUAUUUAAAUAUAUUACGAUUUGAAAUUUUUGUUUUGUUUAGUUUAGUAAUAUGGUUGAGAAAAGAAAAUUACUCUCUUUUGAGUUGUAUAUUCAUAUUAGAGCUUGUUGGAUGGAUUUUAUAUUUUUGGAAGUUUAUGGAAAGUUAGUUUAUAUGAAUAGUUAUGUGAUAAUGGAUAUCGAGAAAAUAUAUGAGAAAUUCAACUGAAAUUUCGAGUCGUGACAAGUAAGUUUUUUUUUUUUUAUGUAAUUUGCUGACAAGCGUUGAAGUGUGGGGCAUCAUUUUAGUAAUGAUAAUGCGUUUGUCAUUUUUCUGGUCAUGGGCGCCUGUUAGUAUUGCCCUCCCCCGCAUUGGAUUCGACGCGCCAAAUUUUCUCGCAGAAUCCAAAGCUCAACCAGCCAAUUGCCACCAAAUUUUUGGACGGCUCCCUUUUAGUUGAUUUAUUAUUGAUUAUUGAUUGUUGAUGAGAUCAAGGACACGCAAAUCUGUAUUAUAAUUUAUUAUUAGGCUUUGAUUAAUCACCAGCACGUCAAUAAGUAGCUCAGGACACGCAAACCUAUAAUAAUAAUAAAAUAUUAAGUUAUACUAAAUUUGAAUGAUAAUGUGAUUAUGACAAAAAAUGUAUAAUAUAAUAGCUUGUUAGUGAACUGUUGAGGUGGUUUGAUUUUCAGAAAUCCCAAAACCAAUCUGUGUGCGUUUCGCGACUGUCCAACACAGCCAAGUCCAAACAGUCUGGCUACUUUUUUUUUUUAAUUAAAAAAAAAAAGAGCUUUCUUCGUAUAUCCGGUCCUUUAUCUUUUGGUACCGGCCGGCCAUUCCCACAGAAGUUUCUUCUUCGCCCACAACCUCGACUGAUAGUGCCGUGGCAGCCAGCCCCCGUCAAUGGCUUCAGCAGCAGCUUCGCCAGCCCCUAGCCCCAGUAGCAGCUCCUGUCAACGAUGGGAAGUGGACUCUAUUGUGGAAGGCGCAGACAGGCCAAAGGACCUGGUAAAGAAAGAUCUUGAGAAAGGGUUGAUCGUGAUGUUGCACAAAAAGACUCAGAUCUUUAAGCUUAUCAAUUUGACCAAAAACUACUUCAUGGUGUUGCAAGAAGGUCUCACAAUAGCUUGGAUUGAAGAUCCCUUGUACUGGCACAGAACAACCGUAUCAGAUUUGUCCAGGGAUCUUAGCGUUGAAGUUCAAGUAGCAGAACUGCGAAACAUACGCUGGUUGGACAUUUCGGGGAAGCUCAGAUGGGAGACCCUAUCAAGAAACACAAAGUAUGAAAUUCAACUUCAUGCUAAGUUAUUAAAGGACAACACGGGAUGCAAUGACCUGAAGUUUGAAGUCGCGCUCCCAGUCCCAGAUGCAAAGGUAAAGCUGAUCCCCUUGGAUGGCAAGGUACAGUUCAAUACGGAUGAGGAAAAGGAGGGAAAAUGGCAGGAUAUUUCCUUAUGUGAGUUUGAGAGGAAGGAUGACACGGAGGAAGGGGAAGUGAAGUUUUGCGUCCAUAAUCACAGCGAUAUCUGGAAGAGGGGAUUGGUCGUCGGAGGUUUCUCCUUCAAGCCCAUGUGACUUAGGAAUGGAUGGCCCUUCCCUCCGAUCUUUUGGAUUUUCACUAGCCUCCCGUUUCCUUCUUAGUAUAAUAUCUCGAAUCCUUGUGUCAUCUGAACCCAACGCCAUAUAGAUCGACAUUGAGCGUGCUGUGCACACUGCUUGUGAAAGUCACUUAGGGCGACCUGCCCUGACCUUGCUUGCCUACUUCCAGCCGUCUCUUCUGAUCGCUGCAGCAUGCCAGUUUCCAAUCGCUUUGGUGGCUUAGAGAAGGUGAGGGGAAGUUGGUAAAAAAUAUGCUUGGAGGAGCUCUUAAUCGAACUUUGAGGGGGUAUCAAAAGUACACGGUAGCUACAACAAUAAAUCCAGCAAUUCCCACCAUGCAUGAUCUGAUCAUUUGAUCUUCAUCAUGAUAUGAUACCUUAAAUGAUAUGUUUUCGCGUGAGAAGUGAUGAUGGUACCAUGUGUGUUUUUGGACCUCUGGUAGAAUUAAUUCUCUAUAUUUCAUGUGUUGCUGCUACAUAUUUUUCAACUGUUAGAUCGAUUUUUUUUAGUA